AACUUGGUUUUUUAUGGCAACACUGAUGUGUCAUCAGUGACAGAAGCAAGGGAAGCAAGGAAAGUCAAACAACAAAUAAAAUAGUAACCGAGUGCCGAGUAUAUUCAUUUAAGUGAAUUAUUUUAAGAAAUAUCUAUAAGAAGAAUCGUUACACAAAUCCAACAAACACAAAAUGAUUAUUCCAAUUCGUUGUUUCACAUGUGGAAAAGUUAUUGGAAACAAAUGGGAAGCAUAUCUCGGAUUACUACAAGCUGAAUACACAGAAGGUGACGCUCUCGAUGCACUCGGAUUGAAACGAUACUGUUGCCGAAGAAUGCUUUUGGGACACGUUGAUUUGAUUGAAAAGCUGCUCAAUUAUGCCCCAUUGGAGAAAUAAGAAUAUUUAACGUUUCGACCGGUGUGAUUAUGUUGUGUACAAAGAAAAAAUUUGAAUAAAACUAUGGAAGAACAUUGACGAACUGAAGCCAUA